UCAGAAGCCAGGCGCUUGAAGCGGAUAGAAGAAAAGCAGGCGGGUACAACCUGCUUUGCUUGUCGAGAGAAAGGCCAUGCUGCCAAAAACUGCCCAAAAGCUACGACAGAAGAUGGGAAAGGGAAAUCAGUUGGCAUUUGUUACAGAUGCGGCUCGACAAGACACACCCUCUCGCGCUGCAAGAAACCUGCGGAUACGGAAAACCCCAUGCCGUUCGCGUCAUGUUUCGUUUGCAGUGGAAAAGGCCAUUUAGCCUCAGCUUGUCCUCAAAACAAGGCAAAGGGCGUAUACCCAAACGGAGGAUGCUGUAAAAUUUGCGGCGACACUGCCCAUCUAGCGAAGGAUUGUGGGCUGAGAAGAGAAGGUACGCAAUCGCCCCUCAUUGACCUUAACUUCGGCUGA